UCGCAGCAAAAUGUCAACAUGAGAAAAAAUCACACAAAACUACAAAAGUGGGAGUGAAAAAUUUAUCAACAUUGCAAAUUAUUUGCACUAAUUUGCAAUUGUUUUGCAAUAUUUGUGCUGAAUUUUGAUCGUCUAUCGGUGUGCUAGCGGUUUCCGACGGAAAUCAAGCUCAAAUAGGAAACAAUGGCUGGAAACGUAGUGCGGAUGUCCCAGCCCGGAACGCCAGCCGCGACGCAGUCCAACUACAUGAAGGUUUUCAUCCAGCGGGACUACAGCGAGGGCACUUCCGUCAAAUUCCAGACCAGGUUUCCUCCGGAGCUGGAGAGUCGGAUCGAUCGCCACACAUUCGAGAGCACGAUGAAUAAACUGAAUGAGUAUUUUGCCGAGGCGGAGAAGGGAUCCUGCAGUACGUACUGCGAGGGCUGUCUGGCAUGCAUCACCGCCUAUCUAAUCUAUAUCUGCACGGAAACGCACUACGAAAAGUGCUUGCGCAAGGUGUCCAAGUACAUUGCCAUGCAAAACGAGCGCGUGUACAAUCCGAAGGGGCUGCAAAUCACCGAUCCGGUCUGCCGGGGACUGCGGGUCAUAGAGAUCUCGAUAUUGGACCGCCCAGGGCGCACGUGACUGCCGCUGUCGCAUUCCACGGAGGAAUUCUUCAUGUAAAUUCAGGCUAUUUCGGACGGGAUGGAUAUGCAUGUAACAUUCUACACUACUCCACACACACAUAAACAAAAACCAUCAUCGGAACAACGUUUUAGGCAAGAUAAGGGCGGACAGACCAGCAGCGGUGAUAUAUCGUUCGGAGAGUUAGUUGAUCGUCAAGCAAAACAGUUUUAGCAAAUUCAUGUUAAUUUAAUCGGACCCAGCUGCGUUGGAUGGAAAACGCUAUCACAAGUAAGAUAAGGCGAAUUCUUGACGGUUUGGAUGAAACUAUAGGUGCUUUCGGCUAUACCUAUUGGACAAAAUCGGAAACGUGUCAAGUUUCAUUCGAAUAUGGGGCAAGGCCAGCCUUUUUGAUGUCAUUGUGGUUGCAAUCAUUUUUUUAAGCUAAAAUUUAUUCUAAAACUAAUUUUGUGCAAAUGUUUUAUGUUCUGUUCAAUACAUCGUUUUAUUCUAUAAUUUAGGUCCAACUCAAAUGCAUACCUGGGAAUUCCUUUUUCCAAUUGUUCCGAUGUAGGCAGGAAUCCGUACGUUCCACAGAUACAUAUGCAAAUAAUACGUUAAAGUUCGAAUGAAUAAGCAUUCACAAAUUGUCGAUUUUAGUUCAUCUCUUUUCUAUCGCAUUUAGAUUUUAGGUCCCAGCAAUGAAAACAUCAACGAAGCUAAUUAGACUGCAUGGUUUUAGUUCAAGGAAAAUUGUAACAAACUGUGUAUAGUGGAAAGAUCCAGAAGAAAGAUUUAGUGUACUGAAAUGCAAGGAAAUUAACAGAAAUUCGCUGCAUUGGACAAUGACAGUAUCACAGCUGAAAGGAGGUAACCGUAUUAGCAUCCGCAAUGACAUACCUACGUGAAUAUUCCCUGACAAAAACACAAAAAAAAAACUAUUCGAAUCGUAGUAUGAUAGAGGAGAAACCAAGACUAGUUUGAUCUAUUUCCGUUUUUAUUCAUAGCAACUCAAAAGCUAUACUUAUUUUGUUGAAAUAGCUAUCCCAUGUACCAUAGGGCAUAUUCAAAGUGAGAUACUUCGCACUGGUGAAAGGCACUUGGAUAACUAAUCCAAGUCUCGCAACUGGCGGAAAAAAUCCUACACAUGACUUCCAAAAACCACAUCCUAUGGAACAUACUUACAACGUGAAGUUUUCUUUUUAUCGAUUGAGUUACAGCAAUACAAUCCAUCUAGAUCACGUAGAUCCGGCGAAACGAGCUCGGGUUCUUAUAAAUGUGAAGAAUGUUUUUGGGAUAUAACAUAUAAAGUAUAUUUAUUAACAAAUUUAA